CCAGAUCGGGGCAAAAGAAUAGGCAAUGAUUUCAGGUUAGGAUCCAGUGUCCAGUUCACCUGCAGUGAAGGCUAUGACUUACAAGGCUCCAAAAGCAUCACCUGUAAGAAGCUGAGUGGUAUGAUAGCUGCCUGGAGUGACCAGAGACCUGUGUGUCGAGCUAGAAUGUGUGAUACGUACCUCCGAGGGCCCAGUGGUGUUAUCACAUCUCCUAAUUAUCCUGUCCAGUAUGAUAACAAUGCAUACUGUGUGUGGGUGAUCACAGCUGUCAAUCCAGCCAAGGUAAUCAAACUCAAUUUCGAAGAAUUUGACUUGGAGAGAGGAUAUGAUACAUUAACUGUGGGGGAUGGAGGCCAGGUUGGAGACCAGAAAAGUGUGCUUUAUGUUUUAACAGGUACAACUGUCCCUGAUCUGAUUGUCAGCACUCAACAUCAGAUGUGGCUCCUUUUCCAAACUGAUAGUGUGAAGAAUCUACUAGGGUUCAAAGCAACCUAUGAAGAAAUUGACCAGGGAAGCUGUGGAGAUCCCGGAAUGCUGGCAUAUGGCAAGAGAGAAGGGUCAACAUUUCGCCACGGAGACUCAUUGACCUUUGACUGCCAGCCUGCAUUUGAACUGAAGGGGCAGACCAGCAUUACUUGCCUGGGCGGUAGACGGCGUGUGUGGAGUUCGCCACUGCCAAGGUGUGUUGCGGAAUGUGGUUCUUCUGUAACCGGGACUCAAGGCGUUCUCUUAUCUCCAAAUUAUCCCCUAAACUACAACCACCACCAUGAAUGUAUCUACUCCAUCCAGACACAGCCAGGAAAAGGAAUUCAGCUUAAAGCCAGAGCCUUCAGCUUGGAAGCUGGAGAUGUCCUCAAGAUUUAUGAUGGCAACAAUAACUCGGCUCGCCUGCUGGGUUCCUUCAGCCAUGCAGAGAUGUUGGGUCUUAAUGUCAACAGCACUUCCAGCUCGAUGUGGCUUGAAUUCAUCACAGAUGGAAAUGGCACAAAUCAAGGUUUUGAGUUGCAGUUUUCUAGUUUUGAUUUAAUCAAAUGUGAGAACCCUGGUAUCCCGCAAUUUGGCUACAAAGUCCACGAUGAGGGACAUUUUGCAGGGAGCUCCGUCUCUUUCAGUUGUGAUCCUGGCUACACAUUACGCGGAAGCCGUGGGCUUACUUGCUUGACUGGAGAGCGAAGAUCCUGGGACCAGCCUCUCCCCACCUGCGUAGCAUUCAUACUGAUGGUUUUCCCAAUAACCUUCAGGCUAAUGAAUUGA